UCCCGAAGAGCCUCUGCCGGGCGAGAUAAGGCGCAAGGCGGGAACCUGCUCUGGGGUGGCGGCGGCGGCGCGUUUGGUCCGGAGGCGGGAGCUGCGCGAGGGGUGGCGCGAGGGAGGGACGCAGCCCUUCCACUGCGCCAACCUGCAGUCUGGCGGCAUCCAUGGAGUGGGAGAGGGCGCGCGCCCCUCGCUUCCUGCCGCCGCCGCCGCGUGCGCCCCUCCCUCCUCCUCCUCCUCUUCCUCCUCCCCCCCUGCGCGCGCGAAUGUGUGCCUGGCGCUUUCUGGGCCCGCCUUCCUUUCCGUGGCGCCCGCUGCCAGCCAGUGCCGCAAGGAGCCGUUUCGCGCGCCACUCGCUACUCUCGGCUGCCGCUCGCAGGGGGGCAACAAGCGGCGGCGGCGGCUUCCCCCACCCCGCCUCCUCCUCCGCGGGCACUUUGGCGCCUUUCCCCCCCUGAGCUUCCCGCUCUUUUCCCUCAGGAGGGUCUCGUGGGCUCUUCCGCCUCGGCUCUUUGUUUCCCGCCCCAGCCCCCCCCGCCUCCUCCUGCUGCUUCGCCUUCCCGGGGGUUCUUCUUCUUCUUCACCUCCCGGUUCCUUCUACCGUCGCCGCCUGGACGUUGCCUUGUCAUGUCAAGAUGGAAGGCAGGAGCGACUGGCUCGCCUCGUCGUCCCGCCACGAGGGCUUCGAGCAGAUGAGGCUGAAGAGCCGACCCCGCGAGCCGUCGCCCAGCCUCACCCGGGUGGGCUCCAACUUCUACAGCUCCGUCAAGCAGCAGGACUACAGUGCCAGCGUCUGGCUGAGGAGGAAAGACAAAUUGGAGCAUUCCCAGCAAAAAUGCAUUGUGAUCUUUGCACUGGUUUGCUGCUUUGCAAUUCUCGUUGCACUGAUAUUUUCAGCUGUGGAUAUUGUUGGAGAAGAUGAGGAUGGUCUUUCAGAAAAGAACUGUCGAAAUAACUGUCGGGUUGCUCUUGUGGAAAAUAUUCCUGAAGGCAUAAACUAUUCUGACAGUGCACCGGCCCAUUUGUCUCUUUUCCAAGGCUGGAUGAAUUUACUUAAUAUGGCUAAAAAGUCUGUUGACAUAGUAUCUUCCCAAUGGGACCUCAGUCACAGUCAUCCAUCUGCAUUCCAGGGGCAGCAUCUGUUUGAGAAGUUGCAAGACCUGUUGUCUCAAAAUGUAGAGAUCAAACUAGUGAGUGAUAUUCUUCACAAGGAAUCCAAAUUAUUAAAUGACCUGAAAAACAAGGGUGCUGAAGUGAUUUUUAUAAACAUGACGGCUUACAAUGAUGGUCAUCUGCAGACAUCAUUCUGGAUUGUGGAUAGGCAGCAUGUAUACAUUGGAAGUGCCAGUUUAGAAUGGAAGUCACUGUGGCAGAUGAAAGAGCUUGGAGUCAUUGUAUACAACUGCAGCUGCCUGGUGUUAGAUUUACAAAAGAUAUUUGCCUUGUACAGCUCACUAAAAUCCAAGAGCAAAAUCCCACCUCUUUGGUCUAAGAGACUGUAUGCAGUAUAUGGCAGUGAAAAUAAACUGGCCCUUGAGUUGAAUGAAACCAAAUCAGAAGUCUUUGUUUCGAAUUCUCCCAAACUCCUAUGCCCUAAGGACAGGGUUUUGGAUGUUGAUGCUAUCUAUAGUGUUGUUGAUAAUGCACAGCAAUUUGUGUACAUAGCUGUUAUGGAUUAUCUGCCUAUUAUCAACAUCACAAAUCAAACAAGGUAUUGGCCAUAUUUGGAUGGAAAGAUAAGAGAAGCUCUGAUUUUACGCAAUAUUAAAGUACGACUCCUCAUAAGUUUAUCAAAAGACACAAAUCCACUCACAUUUAACUUUGUUUCAUCUCUUAAAGCAAUUUGCACCGAAGUUUCUGGCUGUAGGUUAAAAGUUAAAUUCUUUGACCUCGAAGAAGAAAGUGCUUGUUAUUUUAAGGAACAGAAGAACUCUUCCCUUCCUAAACUAAAUCGCAACAAAUAUGUGGUGACUGACACAGCAGCUUAUAUUGGUAAUUUUGACUGGGUUGGGACCUAUUUUAAUCGUAAUGCUGGAGCUGGCCUUGUCAUCAACCAAACAGACACAGGAAACAAGACCAGCAUCAUCAAGCAACUGAAAGCUGUGUUUGAAAGGGAUUGGUAUUCAAAUUAUGCUAAAAGUUCAACCACAAAAAUUCCAAACUGUUUAAGCUUCAAACAUAACAAAGCAGCAGCAAAUAAGACUGCCCAAAGCAAUGUGAAUUGAAGCCUGUUUCGCUGUUCACUGCAACUAAUGGAGAAAUAGAAUGGGACUGAUAUUGAUCUCCCCUUUCAUAUUUACAGACAAUAGACUUUUUAAACAAAGCAAAAGAAAAUUUAUAGGAAAAAGCACACUUAUAUAAAAUGUUCUUUAAACUAUAUUCUCUAUACUGAAUUAUUUACAAAUAUUAGAUUUGUUACUGCUGAAACUGAAUGUCAUUUCUGCUUUAUUGUUGGUUUGGAGGUAUCACAUUUAAAUUUAAAAGCAUGCUUUGAUACUUUGGUUUUAGAAUUAUUCCUACCUCUCUUUUCUGAUUAGCAUAAACAAGGCAAGUUUGAUUACUAAACAAAAUUCUUAGAUUGGUUGAUAUUAAAGUACAGAUUUUACCCGAAGGAAAAGAUACAGGUAUAAGCAAGCUUUUUAUGAUGUAUCUACAGUAUGUGACCAUCCUGGAGCAUUUUUUGUUUCAGCAUUAUUGACCUGAUUUAUCCCAUUAUGCCCAGUCCAAAUGUAUUAAAAUUUAUCUAUUUUCUUGCUUUGCUCCAAUCAUGAUGCAAAGGGCACAACUGAAUUAACUUUAAAUGUUCAGUCAAUGGGA